GGAUAGAUCAAUUCUGAACUCGACACUACUGACAAAUCAUCGGAAACACGUUUGGAAAAUCUCGAACCAUAGGCACGUCCUAGUAUCCACAAUUUAACCCUCAAAUCCUGAACACUACUAGCCUUAUAGCUGAACAAACUGUUGGGCCGCCCCUCUACGACUUUAGUAUUACUUGAUGUUCGAUAUGCUCACCCCUACCCUGCUAUGAGUUGAUAUCUCAAACUCUCACUGCCUUCAAUUUCAGUUUGCUUACGUAUCGUUCUUCAUAGUUUAUAUCGCCUCCUCUGUCUCUCUUUGAUCGUUAAAAGUGAAAUCGAACCACCCCUAUUCCAAUUCACCAAUUUAGAACAAGAGAAAUCUUUCCCUUUUUCUCAAAUUCUUUCUUUCUGUUUUUGUUACAAAUCAUGAUGCUGAUUCAACAAUUCAAGACACCCCUUUCUUACAAUUUCCCAAAUUCUACCUCAAAUUCGAGAACUCCUUCCCAAAAUUACAACAAUGUACGGUUUUCAAUCAAGAACCACAACAACAGCAGCAAUAGCAUCUCUUCUACUGAUUCUAAUUCGAUUACUUCGAUGAAGAGCAAUCUUAAUGAUGAUAUUGCAAACCCAUCAUCGUUAAUGUCGUCGUCUGCUUCGACUAAAUCGCCGCCAUAUCCCGGUGGUAUGGGUCCGUAUACGGGUAGGGAUCCGAACGUCAAGAAACCGAGUUGGCUUCGGCAAAAGGCUCCACAAGGAGAGAAGUAUCUGGAGGUUAAAGAUUCGUUAGAACGCCUUAAACUGAAUACCGUUUGUGAAGAAGCACAAUGCCCUAAUAUCGGGGAGUGUUGGAAUGGAGGUGAAGAUGGUAUUGCAACUGCAACAAUCAUGCUUCUUGGUGAUACAUGCACCAGAGGAUGCAGAUUUUGUGCUGUCAAAACCAGCAAAAACCCUGCCCCACCAGACCCUAUGGAGCCACAAAACACCGCUGAAGCCAUUGUCAGUUGGGGUGUGGAUUAUAUUGUUUUGACCAGUGUUGACCGGGAUGAUCUUCCAGAUGGCGGGAGUGGUCAUUUUGCUCAAACUGUCAAAGCAAUGAAGAAAAGGAAGCCGGAGAUUAUGGUUGAAUGUUUGACUUCUGAUUUUCGUGGUGAUUUGGAAGCCGUAUCCAUGUUGGCUAACUCGGGAUUAGAUGUUUUUGCCCACAAUAUUGAAACGGUUAAAAGACUACAACGAAUUGUAAGAGAUCCAAGAGCUGGAUAUGAACAGAGUUUAUCGGUUUUGAAACAUGCUAAGGCUAGUAAAAAAGGGAUGAUUACUAAAACUUCAAUUAUGUUGGGACUUGGUGAAUCCGAUGAUGAAUUGAAAGAAGCCAUGGCGGAUUUACGUGCCAUAGAUGUUGACAUUUUGACACUCGGACAGUAUUUACAGCCGACUCCAUUGCACCUUACUGUGAAAGAAUAUGUUACACCUGAGAAAUUUGAGUUUUGGAAAGAUUAUGGGGAGUCAAUUGGGUUUCGUUAUGUAGCAAGUGGACCUUUGGUACGAUCAUCGUAUAGGGCAGGAGAGUUAUUUGUUCAAACUAUGGUGAAAGAGAGGAGCAAAAGCGCGUUGUGAUUAUGAGAUUUUGAAAUUCUUUAUAUUGAAAACUCUUGGCUCUUGAUCUUCACACACACACACACACAAUUAUACAUGUGUUCGUAUGCAGGCAGGUUAUUCAUAUUUACUGAACUUUUAUUUAUUUAUUAUUAUGUUGAUUUUGGUUUAAUUUUAUGUAAAAUGAUUACACAUGUCAACGGUGUCAGAUGGGUGCUUGUAUGAUCGUGGUAUCGAUCAGUUUAACAUAUUGUUUUUUAGUGAUUUCGUUUUAAUGCAA